ACUUGCAACCCGGAUAAAGACAUUGAUGACACACUUUGAUUUCUCAGUCUCCAUUCUCUAUAAUCACAAGAAACAAACAAAAGACAUUUCAGUGCUUUAUCUUCUUAUUUCAAUAAUCAAUUGUGAAGUUGGACUUAUAGCCCAUUAUUAGGUCUUUAUUUCUGCGUGAUCGAUAUUGCUCUCCAUGUCUGUUGAACGAACUUUGAAGAAGCUAGUUUCUGGUGUCAUCCUUGAUUUGGAUGGUACACUUCUUAAUACAGAUGGAGUUGUGAGUGAGAUUUUAAAGGCUUUCUUAGUUAAGUAUGGAAAGCAGUGGGAUGGCAGAGAAGCUCCUAAAAUAGUAGGAAAAACCCCAACAGAAGCUGCAGCUGCAGUUGUUGAAGAUUAUGGGCUCCCAUUAUCAACCGAUGAAUUUCUUUCACAAUUUUACCCCAUGCUCUCUGACCAGUGGCACAAUAUCAAAGCUCUUCCAGGGGCCAAUCGAUUGAUUAACCAUUUGAGGGGUCAUGGUGUACCCAUGGCAUUGGCUUCAAAUUCUUCACGAUCUAAUAUAGAGACCAAAAUUUUUCAUCAUCCAGGAUGGAAAGAAUCAUUUUCAGCUAUUGUUGGAGGAGACGAAGUGAAAGCUGGAAAGCCAUCUCCGGAAAUAUUUCUUGAAGCAGCUAAAAGACUCAAGAUGGAUCCAUCCAGCUUUAUUGUGAUUGAAGAUUCAAUACCAGGUGUUACUGCUGGUAAGGCUGCCGGAAUGGCAGUAGUUGCUGUACCAUCUCUUGCAAAGCAGUCUCAUCUUUAUACUUCUGCUGAUGAAGUGAUCAAUUCUCUUCUAGAUUUGCAACUAGAAAAGUGGGGACUCCCUGCAUUUCAAGAUAGGAUAGAAGGUACUCUGCCUUUAGAACCUUGGUGUAUUGGUGGUCCUGUCAUUAAGGGAUUUGGGCGUGGCUCAAAGGUUCUUGGGAUCCCCACAGCUAAUUUAUCCCCAGAAGGAUAUUCAGCCAUUCUUUCAGAACAUCCAGCGGGUGUAUAUUUUGGAUGGGCAGGAUUAUCAGCUCGAGGUAUUUACAAGAUGGUCAUGAGCAUUGGUUGGAAUCCUUACUUCAAUAACACAGAGAAGACAAUUGAACCAUGGUUGCUUCAUGACUUCAAUGAGGACUUCUAUGGUGAGGAAUUGCAUCUAGUUGUUGUGGGCUACAUACGACCGGAGGCCAACUUUUCAUCACUCGAAGCCUUGAUAGCAAAAAUUCAUGAGGACAGGAAGAUUGCAGAAAGAGCUCUCGAACUUCCUCAGUACUUGAAGUACAAGGACGAUCCAUAUCUUAAAAAAAUCUCGUUGCCUCAGGAAAAUUGAUUGUUGAGGCCUUGAAAUUCAUUGUUGCUUCUGAUUGGGAUUGCAUCUGUCCUAUUUCCUCAGAAUUAUAGCAAUGGACUUCCCAUCAAUUGCGUGGAACGCUCUUCACAAAAAAAAAAUAAUUGAAUGUAUAGCUGAAGGAGUAAAAGAACCAAGUAAUGGUUAUAAAGUGGGUUAAGCGUUGCUGGGGGGCUAAUGCCAAUGGUAAAGGUUUUCAAGUUCAGGUGUCCAUAAAGUGUGAGCCCCUUGGCCAAUUUCCAACCCCCUUCCCACCCCCCAACACAUUAUGGACCUAUUUAUGUGAAUUUUCUGCCUUGGACAGAAUUUUUUGUGGUUGUGAUGUUGCAUUUUGAAAUAAUGAAUGGACUUCAGACUGUGGUGUUGAAUUCUUUCUUUUCAGACAGAAAGCUACAGGGUUGGGAAGUAUCAUUUGUCAGUUGAGUAAUGUAACUUGCUUUUGGGCUGUGAAUAAUUUGAAAGCAUGCAAGCUGGUGCACAUUAUAGAUUGCUUCCUUUUAUGCAUCAAUGAUAUUUCGUGUUA